ACCAUCGCAACUAUUUUAUCAUCAUUGGCAAUACCUUAACAAAUAGCCACGAUGUCGAUGGAUAUAGAUGUAGACGCGCCUAUCUCGAUCGCGCCGUCGCAGGGACUCGACGGUGCUGCUGCCACUAUAUUUUGUUGCGACUGCGGUGCUCCCAUUGAUGGAACGGCCGCAAUAGACGCCAAGUGCUACGACUGCUUCAAGCUCACUAAAGAUAUAUCACAAGGCAUCCAACGUGAAGCCACUCUACAUUUUUGCCGAGACUGCGAUCGAUGGCUCCAACCUCCUACUAGUUGGGUGACAGCCCUACCAGAAUCCCGUGAGCUUCUGGCCCUAUGCCUGAAAAAACUAAGCCUUAACCGAACACGAAUAAUCGAUGCGAGUUUCAUAUGGACGGAACCACAUUCCAGAAGAGUACGAGUGAAGCUUGUGGUUCAAGCGGCGGUAGCGGAUGAUCGGGUUAUGCAACAGGCUUUAGAGGUCGUAUACGUCGUGGCAUACCAACAAUGUCCUGAAUGCGCCAAGUCAUAUACAGCCAACGUCUGGAGGGCGAGCGUGCAAGUUCGUCAAAAGGUAUUACACAAACGAACAUUCCUAUACCUCGAGCAACUCAUCCUAAAACACGGCGCCCACCGAGAAACUAUAAAUAUAAAGGAAGCGAAAGAUGGCAUCGACUUCUUCUUCUCUGCGCGAAACCAAGCUGAGAAGUUCGUCGACUUCCUAAACUCAGUCGUCCCCGUCCGAGUCAAGAAAUCCCAAGAGCUCAUUUCUCAAGAUACCCAUACUUCCAAGAAAUCCUACAAGUUCACCUUCUCGGUCGAGUUAUUGCCGAUUUGCAAGGAUGACUUGGUUGUAUUGCCUAUUCCGCUGGCUAAACAGAUCGGGAACAUCUCCCCACUGGCGAUAUGUCACCGCGUCGGCACUACGAUCAACGUGCUAGAUCCGAACACCCUCCAGACAGCCGACAUCAGUGCUCCGGUGUACUGGAGAACACCAUUCGCCGCGCUAGCCGAUGCCAAGGACCUCGUCGAGUUCAUCGUCAUGGACUGCGAGCCGAUCGGACCGACGCGGGGAAAAUGGGUCCUAGCAGAAACACAACUCGCGCGCGCCACCGACCUCGGGGUCAAUGACAAGACGUACUUCGCGCGAACGCACCUAGGCGGGCUCCUACAUGCCGGCGACUCGGUGAUGGGGUACAUGCUAACCGGAACCAACUUCAACAACCCACAGUUCGAAGCGAUGGAAGAAUCGCACACAUACUCGUCGCGGAUCCCGGAUGUAGUGGUGGUGAAGAAACACUACCCGAACCGACGGCGCAACCGCAAGCGGAACUGGAAGGUCAAGCGUAUGGCUAAGGAUGAGGGUGAGCUGCUGCCGAAGAAGACGGACCAGGAGCGCAUGGAUCGCGAGUUUGAGAUGUUCCUACAGGACAUCGAGGAGGAUGAUGAGUUCCGGCAGGGCGUCCAGCUAUACAAGCAGCCCCAGCGCAGCAAGCAGGCCGAUGAGAUGUCUAUGGUUACGACGGAGGAUGGGGAUGACGAUGACGAUGCGCCGAGGGUGGAUAUGGAUGAGUUGCUUGAGGACUUUGAUGAGCUUACGAUGCAGGAUCAGUAGAGGUGGGUAAAAUUGGAAUGGGAACGGAUUUAGGGGGUUAUCGAGAUGGGGAAGGAAAAUGUCUAUACCUACCAGGUACCUAUAUAGUACUUAGAUGAACUUACUGAUGACCAAAGACUUCCGCUGUCUUAUGAACGGGAAAACAUAAAUACGGUA